AUGCAGCUCAUCUCCCUCGCUGCCCUCGCGGCCCUAGCCCCCGCCCUCGUCACCGCAACCCUCGACCCGGCCUCCUCCAACACAAAGGGCUACAAGCCCACCAGCCUGAACUGCGAGGCCGCCAAAGUCUCCAAAGCAAUCCAAGCCGCCGAGUGCUCCCACAACACCCGCACCUCCGAGACCCAGACCUUCGCCGUCUUCGAGGUCGACCACCAGUACGACGGUAACAACGGAUACCCCUACGGCACGUGCAGCGCGUACACGUGCACCGCGCCGACAUCUAGCGAGCUGGAGGCCGACGACGACUACUGGGUGUUUUACUGGGGCGAUGAGGGCGAGAGCAGCGGGUACGGUACGGACUGUAUCAAGGACCCCAACACGGGCGAGUGCGGGUGUGAGAAUUCGGAUGGGACGUUUGUUGCGGGUAGUGAUAGCUGCGUUUAA